AGGCACACAAAGUCUUUGAGAGAUAACACUAAUAAUGGAAACUUUGAUUUGAUUUUGGUACCUUCAAGCUCUUCCCCUCCUUGACAAACUUCGCGGGCAUUUGUGACAGCUGUCAAUCAAACAAGAUCUCGAGGAGAAGCUAGACUGAGAGUUUUUCCAGCGGUGAAACCAAAGCAUGGAGCAGUUUGUUUCAACUGUAAAAUGUCUCACAGAGACCCUGCUGCAGAAACAUCUGACAGAUUAUGAUGAGGUGAUAGAGAAACUCUUCUCUGAAGUCUCUGGCCUGGAGGAUUUCCCCAAAAUACCAGAUCCACAGCUUGAGGAGUGUGCCAUCCAGCUGUGGAACUGGGCAGUUACUAAGAAUGUGGGCACCAGUAUAAGUAAAAAUCAGAAAGCCAAAGUGCGUCAUAUUGCAUGCAGUUUGCUGUACUGCUGUGAGCCUGAGAAUCCAACAGAGGGCGUCAUCCGCAAGCAAAUCCUGGCCAGCAAAACAGGGAGAACCUGGCUGGACUGCAGAAAUCCCCAGAUGGCAGAUAACUUCUUAAGGCUUGCUGUUAAGAGCCUGGAAACCCUCUAUAGCCAACUAACGUCCAGAGGUGACGGAGCUGCUGACAUCACUUCAUCCAAAGGGGAUGUAGAGAAGGAUCUGCUUCGAGUUCUCUCAUGCCAGGCAGAAUCGGCCAUAAGUCAAGGAAAUAACCAUGAGGCUGUGGCCUACAUGCAGCGCUGUAAAGACAUGCUGCUGCGACUACCAAAAGAUACUGCGUACCUCUCCCUUAUGUGCUACAACUUUGGAAUAGACACUUACAAUUUGAGAAAGUUUGAGGACAGUGCAUUUUGGUUGAGCCAAAGCUAUGACAUUGGAAGAAUGAAUGUGAAAUAUGCCCCUGGAUCUGAAGUCCAGGCCAAGGUUUUGAGGCUCCUUGCCACUGUUUAUUUAGAGUGGGACUGUCAGAGUUUUCAGGAGAAGGCCCUUAAUGCUGUCAGCUUAGCCAACAAGGAAUGUGUGAGCGCCUCUGGGUUGUACUUAAAAAUCAGAAUACUCCUGAGAUCUGGGGCCUCAGACGAUCAUAUCAGAGCAGGACUUAAUGAGAUGCUGGAAGCUAAGGUUUCUCUUGAAGUGUGUCUGAGCACAGUGAAACGACUCAUGUCUGAAAACAGAGACGUGCUGGCAUUUGAGUAUUUGAAACGUGUGUGUCAGCACUUUGAGUCGUCCCCUGACCUGGGAACUGCUCUUGUCUUGCAAAUUGAGCUACUGCUGCAGAGAGGCAAGGAGCUGUUGGGCAAACAGAAGAUAGAGGAUGUCAUCACUGGCCACUAUACAGGAAAACAGCUGACUCCACAGGCCCUCACAAGUCUACAUGUCAUGCUGUGGGAUAAAGCUUCCAAACACUUUGAGGCCAGGAACUAUUCUGAGGCUCUUCAGUGGUAUAACUACUCCCUGAGUUUCUUUAAGGCAGGUCAGAUGGAGCCCAACUUAGCCAAGCUGCAGAGGAACAGAGCUUCCUGUUUCCUGCAACUUAAACAAUUGGAAAAGGCCAAAGAAGCAAUUAAAGAAGCAGAGAGAUGUGAUCCUGACAGCAUUUUCACUCAGUUCAGUGUUUACAAGAUUGCAGUGCAGGAGAAAAAUGUGGAGAAAGCUGCAGAGGCAGUGAAUGCAAUGGGACUUCUGUCCAAGAGUCAUGUGGCCAGUGAGGACAGACUGCUGGUAUCUGAGGACGCUGCUUCCAAUCUCCUCAGUCUGGCUGCUCAGAUUGCUUUGGACAAUGAACAGCAGGAAACUGCCAUGAAGGCACUGGAGAGUUUGUGUGAAAACUCCAAAGAUGAAGCUCAGGUCCUGACUGCUCUCAGGUGUUUGGUUCGACUUGUGCUCUCCACAAUGGAAAAAUCGAGUGAUGAGAUGAGAAAUGUGAAUCUGGAUGUCCUGCUGCCAUAUCUAAAAAUGGCUCUGCAUAAAGUUUCACACCAGUCUUGCAUGACUGUUGAGCAACGCACAGAGGAAGCUAACUGGUUCAGGAAGAUUGCUUGGAACUCGGCUCUGCAGUGCGAGAGCAGCCCUGACCGAAUGAGGGAUUUCUUUGUGCUCUCUUACCAGCUCUCCCAGUUGUGCCCUACUGAUCGCACACUGCUCAUGGGCCAGAAGACAUGUCUGCUAAUGGCUGCUGCUGCCUCUUUGGAGCUCUGCAGGAAGUCUCUUCUCUCUGUCCAGACUGAGGAGCUCACUCAGGCUCUGGAGCACAUUCAGAUCUGUUGGGAGGUCUGGAAAACCCUGAAAGCAUCAGGAAACUUCCCAAUGGACCCAACAGACACACUGCUGCUGCUGUAUGAAUUUGAAGCUCGUGCUAAGCUGAAUGACCCCAAGGUUGAGACGGUACUGGAGUCUGUCUUGGAGCUUGAAAAUGUUGAAACCAAGGUGCUAGAAACCAUUGCAGCCUUAGCCAUGGAGCCCCCAGCCCACUUCCCUCUGCUGUGUAAGAAGGCCUUGAGGGUUGCUCUCUCUCUGCACAAGAAACAACCACAGGCUGACCUGGCCCGCUGCAGCAAGUGUAUUCACAGCCUGAUCAAGCUGUCCCUCCCGAGUGGUGUGUCAGAGGUGGAGGCCCAUGUGCUCGAGGAGGUGUGCGACUACUACGAGGAGGCUCUGUCCAUCAUUGCAGCCGCACCGGACGACUUCCCAGAGACGGAGACCCUGUGGUUGCUGACUCGGGCUUGGAACACAGGGAUAUUGCUGUACAGCCUGGCUCAGUACCCCGAGGCUGAGAAGUGGUGUGGCCUCGCCAUGAGCUUCAUCCGCCACCUGGGAUCCCUACAGGAGAGCUACGAGACACAGAUGUCUGGUCUAUACAGUGAAAUCCUGGACAGGUUGGACAAAGCCAAGAAGAACCUCAUCAUGGAAGAAUAACCAAACUGGGAUAGGUCAGCUGUUGUCACCCCAAUGUUAACUGCCUGUUUUGAGGGUUAACUUAAAUGGACUCAGUUCCAUCACUUUGUUGCAGCUAAAUGUUAUUAAUGUUGUGGUAAAAUAUCAGAUAUUACAGUUUGAUAAAUUGUUGCUGUAAAUCUGUAUAAUUGUGGGGCAUCCUGGCUAGUGGUUCAGACACAUCCCACAUUAGUUCAUGGUUUGAUUUUGGCUUGAGACUUUUGUUGCAUGUUACCCCCUUUCCUGUUUUUUCUCUACUGUCUCCUGUCAAUAAAGGCUAAAAUGCCAACAAAUAAUCUUUAAAAAAAAAAGUAUAAUUUUAAUUAUUGAAUUAUUUUCAAAGCCACUGAGUCACUUAAAGCGGAAUAACAAGAACAUCAAAAUCAUAACUGAAUCACGUAUUUUAUUUUCAAACAAAUAAACUCUUGUCAAGUCCCAAAAUAAAACCCAAACAAAAGUUGCAGGACUGUGUUCCCUCAUGACUAGGACAGGGAAGACCAUGAGGCCAAGUGUCCUGAUAGGCUGUACCACCUGCAGUGACAGGAAGGAGACUACUGUACAAUCAAAGGGUUCAUGUUUGCAAGCACUUACUGCACAGAUGUGCUAUAACAUAAACAUCAUCACCCAAAAGUACAAACAAGAACCCUGACCCCCCCCACCCAAAAAAUAAAAGCAUAUAUGUCAUCAUUUCUCUCAUCAGAACAAAGACCCUCAUCAAUUAUACACACACAGAGGCAUUCAGGUUCCAUCUCGUUAUAUAUCACAACCUCAAUGGAAAGAGUAAAAUGAAAUCAAGUUCUUUGGGCUUUGACAUGGCUGACUGAGGUAUGAAUACCACACACAUUGUUAACAGUCAGCUGUAUUUCAACUAAACACCAGAGAGGACCAAUUCUAAACUUCUAAUGAUGUAUUGAUCAAUGCUCCUGGUUUCUGUGAUAUUAUGUAGGUUUCUGCCUGCAUCUCUUUUUGAUUAUUUUACAAUAUAUUUUUAAAAUUUAUACACCCAGACACGUUCCACAAGAAAUCACAUGUAGACAGGCCCUACUUGAGGGAAUUGAAUUCCCAACUGACUAGUUAAGUUUUCCAAUAGGCAUUUGAAGAGAAAUACCAACAAUACAGCACAUUUGUAUGGAAAUUAUAUCUGAAGAGUAGCUCAAACUUUACUUACCUGACAUUUGUGGUCUAUAAAACAUGUUUGUCCCAGUUUGAUUCACACAUGCAUGAAGCACAGGUGAGGGGGAACUGCUGGGGGCUUAUUUACAUUGUACAGCUACCACAACCUUUGAAACAGUCUGCAAGCAGUUUAUAAAUGGCUCUGUUCCCUUCGGUUAUUCCCUGAACUCUGGUUUUGACACAGGUAAUGACAGCUGGUUUAGCAGUGGUGCCUGGCAGGUGGGCACACCUGUUCAGAAAAUGCUUGCAGUUACAGGUGCUCUGUGGGUGGGAGAGAGCAGGGGACCCAGAGGUCUACGUUACCACUUCCUGUUGGGUCUGGCUCUCUGAGAAGAAGAAAAAAAUCCCUUUGCACUCUUCAAAAGGCUGGGGAGGGAAGCGAGAACGUUCAUGAUCAGGGGCCACAGUAUUCCUUCUUCAGACGUGUUCUCUCACAUGCACACAUUAACAUACAGUGCCAAGAUCUGCAUGGGAGGGUGGAGCAGGUCAUUUCAAUCCCGGUGAUGCCAUACAACCAACUCAAAUGUUACCACACAAAUGGCCUUGAACAAGCUCCCCACCUCACGUAAAAGAGAAGACACACAAUACAGCCCGAUUACACUGGUUAGCUUAAAACGCUGUUAACUAAGCGACAGUACUAUUAGCACUUGUUUGUUCACAUUUGACAGCUAUGAACUCUGUGUCAUCGCCAAAACGUGGUCUUUCAGUCGCAGGGGAAAUGGUAUCUGUACGUUAAGAUUCCUGAGCUGGUCUAGCUCACCCCAGACGCACUAAAAGCUCAACACAGUGGUUCAGCACCUGCCAACAGAUUCAUUAAGAAUUCAUACAUUUAUAGAUACACAAAGCAUAUCAGUUUAAUCAAACCCAACUUUAGUGUUUUUGGUAGGAGGACAGGGGGACAAUCCAAAACAGGUUAUAUUGACUCUUUAAUUGUUAGGACAUCCAAUACAAUUAUUGUCUUGUUCUACCCGUUUUAAGGCCACCAUCAUGGCGGCAGAUAGGACAGUACCAUGUGACCAUUCAAUCAGAGGAGAAUCCUCUUGGAAGGCAGAGAGUGUAAUAGGGUAGUCUGCUGCUCAACAUAAGUUAGGAGGCUCUGGCUGUCCAAAUUGUAAUUCAAUGGCCAAAUUCUUAUUUAAUUACACAGGAAGGUUGGUUGAACUACAGGGGAGAAAAGGAGCCCACAGAGGUGAGACUGUGUUAUAUCUAUUGCACUCAAGUCAGGCCCCCUGGCAGUUGGGAGGACACAAAAAAAAAAGUAAGAAGAGAUGAGAAUGUUUCCUCUCUUCCUUGUCAAUUGUGUGCAGCCUCCCUAACAGACAACAGGUAGUCACAAAACAGAAUUUGUAUUUGAUGUAAGGCAGUUUGGUGUUUUGCAGAGAGCCCAGUUACACUUCUCUACCCCCAUCCUUUACACAGAGCAGCUAAAAACCACAAGCAAAAAAAAUCCCACAAAGAAAGAAAAAAACAAAAAACAAAAAUGAA